AUGACAAAUCCAUUGGAGUUAAAGAUGAGCCAAGUAAUAAAAUCAGAAAUCAUAAAGUACGGAGAGAACAGUUCAGUGAGGGGAAUAUCAAAGUAUUUCAAAUCGAACGAUCUCUUCCUCAGGUUUCUUUGGCUGGUUUUGCUGGUUGGAUCCACAACAUACAUGAUCUACAGUCUGUGCAUUCUGUUGAACGAUUAUUACACGUACCCUGUUACGACGGAGUAUGGAGAAAAAAUUGGACAAAAUAUUCUUUUUCCGGAUAUCACGAUAUGCAAUUUAGAUCCUUUCAACGCAGGCGAAUCAGAAGAAUUUUCACUGAAUGAAUAUUUGAUAAAAUUAAAAACAGUCAAAAACCGAUUCUUAGAAAUUGUUGGAAAUGAUCCGCCUUUCAACGAGAGUUGGAGUAUGAAAAUUGUGAAUAACGCUUUCAACGAAAUGGCGUCGGUGUCGGGUUAUAUUAUGAAUUUGAAUAAAAACAGACCGGAAUUGAUUGAUUGUCCAAACUUUAUUGUUGACUGCAAGUUUUUUGGCUCAAACUGGUUCGAAAUGAAAGAUGCGUGCUCCGUUGACAAUUUCACAAGACGUUGGAAUGCAAAUUAUUAUACAUGCUACACGUUGAAGACCGGCGCAUUAAAAAAAUCCUAUUCAAAAUCGAUUAGAGGACUGGAUUUGUUAUUAAACGUGGGUCCGGUUAAUCUUAUGAAAAUCCCGUACAAAUCAUCAUUUACAAGUUCUCAAUCAAGAGGAGUACAGGUGAGUGUGCACAGUCCUGGAACCUCUCCUGAUCUUAAGCGUGGAUUCAAUGUGGCUCCUGGGACUGAAAACGUCGUGGAAAUCAUUCAAACUGAAAGAAAACGUUUGAAAGUUCCGUACAACAAGUUAGAUUGCACAGAUGAGAAAAUGCUAUCAAAUUCAUCUGAAACAUACACACAUGACUUGUGUACAGAAUACUGUCAGCAAGAUAAUAUGAAAAAUUUAUGCGAUUGCAAUACGCAUCUUUUAAGUGUGCCAGACAAGGAAAUGGAUGAUAUCCCGCUCUGUGGAAAUUUCACUUACUUUUUACAUUCGCAAAAUAACGAAUCUACGCUGGAUGAUUUGAUUGCGGAUUCCGUCAUUUGUCUGUGCAAUUCUUUCACUUGGACGUUAAGCGAUUUUGCAGAAACAAAUGAAAAGAGUUGCGUAAAAAAAUGUUUAAUACCUUGCGAGGAAACUAUGUACCAAUUCUAUCUGACCUCUGUAGCCUGGCCACAACCUUCUGUGCAACUGGAUUUAUUUGAAAAAUAUUUCAUCAAAAGAGGCUGUAUAAAUCACCAAAGAGUGAAAACACGAUUCAUUAACUACUUCAAUUAUUACAACCAAUUUUUCAACAGCAGCUAUGUAAACACAUCUUUUUCUAACUUCACUCAAAUAAGUGAAUCCCUACUGGAAAUAAAAUUCUUGAUCAAGCAAAACUUUCCUUAUUUCCAGAUGGACAAGCCCGUAUACACAAGUGACAUGAUGGUAGGGACAGUGGGAGGGAUGUUGUCCCUCUGGCUGGGAAUAACUGUGGCGAGUGCAGUGGAGAUUGUAGAGCUGGUCUACUUGUUGCUCAAACGAUGUUGGGAGAGAUAUUUAAACGCCAAAUUGAAUGGAAAUGAAGAGUACAAAAAUGAUUUUAAUUAUGACCAAGUGCUUAAAAAUGAAAACUCGCCUCACAACACUCUCUCAACCAAGUUAUAG